UCCGAAACAAUCGUGAAAGGUUAGUGAAGAGAAAAAAAAACAAAAUGGUUGAUAAAUUAAGUUUAACAAUUCUCGGUACAUUUCUCUUUUUUGGUACAGGAUUGGUAAAUUAUUAUAAAGAAAUGAAAGACGAGGGAAAUGAAUUUACUAAACCAAGUGAUAGUAAAACAACAAAUUAUUCAACUGCAAAUGAAAAAAAUUUAAUAGAAGAAAAUAUAAGCUCUUCAACAUCAAUUACGGAGCAAACCACGUCCCAAAAUAAAACCAAUAUCUGGGAAAGCAAAUCAACAACUGGAAAAUACAAUGAAAUAACUAAUUAUAAAGAAAUUAUUGUGGAUGGAAAGGAAAUUACUGAACCAAGUAAUAUUGUAACAACAAAUUAUUCAACUGCCAAUGGAGAAAAUGCAACAGAAGAAAAAAUUAAUUCUUCAAUAUCAAUUCUCGGUACAUUUCUCUUGUUCUGCACAGAAAUGUUAAAUUAUUAUAAAGAAAUUAAUGAGACGGGAAAUAAUUUUACUAAAUCAAGGGAUAAUAAAACAUCAAAUUAUUUAACUGUCAAUGACAAAAAUUUAACAGAAGAAAACAUAAAUUUUUCAACAUCAAUUGCGGAGCAAACCACGUCUCAGGAUAAAAUCACUAUCUGGGAAACCAAAUCAACAACUGAAGAAUACAAUGAAAUGAAUAAUUCGACAAGUACGACAGAAAAUGCUUGGUACUAUCUUAAAACAAUGCCUUCAAAAUUAUUAAAUAUGGUCAAUAAUUUUUUCGAAGAUUUCGUAAACAGAAGUCGAAAUAAUUCAAUUAGAUACCAGCCUACUUUUUAUAAUAAUCCGUUUCAAUUACCUUUUAAUUAAACAGUGACUAUAUGUAUUAAGAAGUGUUGCAACUUAAAUUAACAUUUCAUUAUAAUUUAGAGAAUUAGGAAAAAUAUGCUGUAAAGAGAAAUUUAAUUACUAACCUGAGAA